AUGCCUGGAUUCAGAGACAUCGCUAUCCAAUCCGCGGAGAUCGUCCUCUUGCUCCUCUUGCUGCUCCCAGCCGUACUUGCGACCUUCAUACUUCGCAUAUCACGGCAUCUUCUGCGCCGUACCGCCGCGCGGAUCUCCCACUGGGCCCCGUGGCUCCCGAACGUCUUCGACGUAUUCUUCAUCCUCUGGACUUAUGUCCGCCACAUCACCGUGCCGGGUCUCAUUGGGGAGCUGGUCGACGCUCACGACACUCUUCUCUACUUCAUAAGAGAAGGUAGAUGGCGCGUUCGGUAUACACUUUUGGUGGUGGCUCCUUCAAUCCCGGAGUGGAGCUUUCGUACGAGCAUGAGAUGGCUGCGACAUCGCGGCUUACUUGUGGCAAGGUUCUUGCCUCUUGGAUCGGACCUGGACGAUGCGAACUGGCUUGUGCGGGCAAAUUUGCAGCUUCAGGUUGACACGGCUCGGUUCAAUAUCACGGUUAUCUGGCGAGUCACUUGGGACACUGAUGACUUCUACCGGGCUCCCGCUCUUCGGUACUGGUUCUAA